AUGAAGGCAAGGGUGAUGGACGCGUAUGGAGAGAGGGAGGUGCAUGGGGUGGAGGAGCGGGUGGAGGAGAUUGUGGAGGAGUCCGUGAGGUCUGUGAAGGAGCGGUAUGUUAAGGUAUGGACGCAAUUAUCGACCAAGCUGGGGUUUGGCGAGAAGAAGAAGAAAGAGAAGGGCGUGUUUGGCUUCUUGCAGGGUUUGGAGAUGCGAAUUGGUAUUAAUGGGGUUUUCGAUCGAUAUGACGGUCCUAUUUCGUGA